UUAUUUUCCCUACAAGCACCAUUUGUUGGACUGUCUUCAGAAGCGAGGGAAGUUCUGUCGAAAUAACUUUCCACCAAUUUGUUUAAUUUCAUUUCGAGACACCAGAACUAACAUCAACAAAUUUGAAAACUGACACCCAAAAUGACAAAUUCAAUUUUUAAUCCCCACGUUUCGGCUAUGGAUCCGGUCACAGCAUUUGCAAAAUCCCUCCUUUUGACUUGUAACAUUUUCUUAACCGUCACUGGCAUUGGACUUCUCGUCUAUGGUCUCAUACUCCUGGUCAUAGAACGGCGCUACAUGGUCAUAGACAAUUACAACUUCUCCUUUGAAAACUGGAUUAUAUGUACAGCAGUAAUACUCCUCGUGGUGAGUCUUUUCGGCUACUACGUAAACUACAAAGAAAUAAAGACUUAUUUGCUUCUGUACGCUAUUUUACUCUUACUCCUGUUCGUGGUCCAAGUAAGUGUGGCACUCUUCAGUGCUAUAGUACUACAUCUAGGAGACGGCGUCAAUCAGAUGGUGCAAGCAAAAUUUGAAAAAAAAUUCCUAAAAAACGACACAAAUUUCUGGAAAACCUUCACCGACAUUCAAAAAAAUUUCCGAUGUUGUGGUGUUCACGGUGCCAAAGACUACCACACGAUCCCAGAGAGUUGUUGCCAGAAAAGACACACCAAUGGAACUUGCACAAAAAUCUUUGAAUCCUCUUGUACCCAAGCAUACUCAGAUGCCCUCACUCCCUUACACAAAUCCGGCGGAUACAUCUGCCUCGUGUUUUCCGUCCUGGAGCCGAUAGGUGCUUGGGUGGCUUUAUUAAUCCGAAAACGAUUAUCCGCUUCGCCCGACCUGCCCCCAGAAACCCCCGCAACCUAAACCGCCCCCCUUCCCCCAAACCCUUCGCUUUAUGUAACUCUGUAGAAUACCAAGCGACGCUGCGAUUGGUGGCGCCCUCUCGAAACGCCUCCUACAAGCGCGUGAAAAUGGCCUCCACGGCAUUCUCUAGCUGUUUAGGCGCAAAAUUGGCGGUCUUGGUAACAGGAUCGCAGCAACGCGGGAAGGUGGCGCCAACGACCGGUCGGCGAUUGGUUAAAUCCGCCACCUCUCGCCACUCCUACUCUCCUGAUACGUGGAGCUCUGUUUUGAUAACUUGACGCAACGUGAGCCGUAAAAGUGCAGCAGCCGGAUUGGACGGAUUGAUUGUGGCAAUUGUUGAAGGAAAUUUGUAAUUUAUGGGUUUUGAUGGUAAAGUCGGAGCGAUAAGAAAUGACGUGCCGACGUGCGAAGAGUUUUUCGGGGUUGCUGGACAAAAAUGGGUGCAUUUUUAAUUGUGGUCGAUUAAAUACGCAAUG